GAGCGGCCGCUUCGAAUCAAUUCGAGCCUCGAUCUCACCCCGUAGACGAUCCUACGCUCGCGAUCGCGCACCCUUCGCCGUCGUCGUCGUCCGCGGCCUCGCGAUGUCCCCGUGCUGACCGUCUUAACCUCAAAACGCGACGCCGCGUUCCCCGUUCGCCAAGUUCAAGAGCGAGAAAGCCUGUCGGUGGAGCCUCACGAGGACGAGGUUACUGAUGUGACUCGAGAUUCUGAAGUAAAGCAGCGCAGCCAAGUUCUGAAAGACAAUUUCACUGGAAUCGAGAAGCGUCAACGAUUCGUUCUCUCCGACGAGGAAGAGGACCGGACGACCGCGUCGUGUGAUCGCGAGGUUUCCUCGCAGCGAGUUAGUCGACGGGGCUCGACGAAGAUAGCAAGGCAAAUUUUGAAGGUUAACAUUGUUCGGAUUAAAAUUUCGAGUGUCUGUUCCUGGAAGGGAGGAAAUCAGCUGAUAUCUCGUGAUAGAGCGAGAUCCACUUGGCAAGGAAAACCCAUUGGGUUUCGCUUGGAAGAACGUGCGCGAUGGAAAGUGUUCUCGCAGGCGAAUCGCGAGAAGUAUCCUUGACGGUGCGCCGGACUGACGCGUGCGACGCAAUUUGAGAGCGCAAGUUGCUGCAAGACGAAGAAGCAGGGGAGUACGAGAAAAAAAUCCCGUUAUCGUUGUGGAAACAAACUAUUAGCGUAAGAUAGCACGCGUGUCAAGCGGAUAGAGCAGGCGUAUGACAGUCGCUGCGCUGGAGCACACCGGGGCAGAAGUUACUCGCGUGUCUCACCGACGGCAGAUGUGCGGUUCGUAGGAGAAUUCACUUCACCGUUCGUCACAGCGGUUCUUACUCGAGAAGUAAGGAAAGAUCGAAGCUUUCAGCUGCAGCAUUCGCUGAAACUUCUGAGACAGGACGCGCUCGUCGCGGAAACAGUAAUUUAUAUCGAAGGAAUCUCACGGACACGUUAGGUGAAUAGAGUCUCGUUAUAUUUUAGUCAGAAGAUUAUUUUCGCGGACUAUGUUGAGCAAAGAUUUAUACGAUCGUUCAAAAUGUUCCGCCGGCAAACAUUGUUUCGCGAGUGAUAACCUUCGCGGGACCACUCGGCAUUCGCUAUAAUCAAUUCAAAAUUCGUGAUACCGAAUAUCUUUCGUUGAAAUCUAUGGAAUCUGUGGAAACGAUACGCUGCUGUUAGAAAAAGAGUAACAGAUUUCCGCCGGAAAAGCAAGCGUAAAGCAGAAAGAGAAGACGAAGAGAGAAGAAAGAGAAAGAGAAAGAGAAAGAGACAGAGAACGUUCACGUUCGAGACGACAUUUGACGAAGGAUGACAGCGAGCGGCGGCCUCGAACUAUCGGUCGCAAGACCGUCGGCGAAAUAGACAGCAUCUCGGAAGCGGGCCCUUACGCUCAUGAGGCGAUCACGAUGGAGCCACGUGCGAUGAUGAUGUCGAACCUGUCGUGCGACGGCUGCGCGGACAGCGACCGGGACUCCGACAGCAGCAGCAUGAUCGUGGACCCGGUGAGUCUCGACAAGAACGAUCUGUCGCCGUCGCAGUCGUCGUCGAGCCCGGUGAUACCGAGUUCCCCGGUACCGACGCCAACGUCGACGCCGACGACGGCGAGAAGUCGGGGGGGCAGUAGCGGUAGCGCACGCUCCAAGAAGACGUACUCGAUGAUGUCGAGUCAGCAGAAAUCCAGCGGUUCGAGUCAACCGUCGUCCGGAUACGGCUCGGACAAGAUGUCGUCGUCCUUGAUAAAGCCGCCGUACUCGUACAUCGCGCUGAUCACGAUGGCGAUCCUGCAGUCGCCGCAGAAGAAGCUCACGCUAAGCGGCAUCUGCGAGUUCAUCAUGUCGCGCUUCCCCUAUUACCACGACAAGUUCCCCGCUUGGCAGAACUCCAUCAGGCACAAUCUGUCGCUUAAUGACUGCUUCAUCAAGAUCCCCCGCGAACCCGGCAAUCCCGGCAAGGGCAACUACUGGACCUUGGACCCCCUCGCGGAAGACAUGUUCGACAACGGUAGCUUCCUGAGACGUAGGAAGAGGUACAAAAGGCCGCCACCGCAUUACGUCCUGCGGGACCGAGCGAUCAUGGCGACCUUCGCCAUCUGCGGCGAUCGGGGACCCUGUCCAGGCGGCGGAGGUCAUCCAGGUGCGUUGGCUUACCCCGGCGCCGCUUACCUGUCGCCGCCGCCUGGUCUACCACUGUUGGACUUCUCACCGUCUACCCUGGAGGCACUGAAGCUCGGCGGCUUCCUGGAGCCUCCGCCGCCGCUUUACAAACCGGUGCCCAUUACGGCGCCCCCGAUCAGACAAAUCGACCCGACCCCCGCGAGGAUCACGACGAUACCGGCUAGUCACACAAGCGUCGACAAGAAGCGGAACUUCAGCAUAGACGCGCUCAUCGGCAAGCAAGCGGCCAGUGAUCAAAACUGCGGCGCAUUACUGGACCUCAGCCCGUCGGAGCACAGGGAGAUCAGAAGCCAAGCGUCUGCGUUCUCGCCGCUCGUCUAGGAGACGUCUUUGGUGACGUUCUCUGCUGAUUGUCGAGGCAGAGAGGCAACCAACGGUGGGUGGUGACUUUCGAAAGCGACGAAGAACUGAUCGUUUUGUAGGAUCCUACGGGGCGAUCAGAACGCGCUCUCGUCAUUUCUGGAGUUCGAGUUUCGAGAGCGUAACUAACCGAGGAUACGUCAAAUGUGUCCGUGUUCGAAGAGGAAGUUUAGUACUGUUGCUGAGCAAAACGUCGUCGCGCUUUGGGAGCCAGAAACUUCAGCUCUUUCAGGCAGAUCCGCCGCAAAGACUUCCGGGGAGUUCCCUAUCCGAGAAAAAGAGUGAUCGCAUUGCGACGUGAACACUGAACUAUCGCGUUAUCGAAUAGUGACUGUCUCGAGUCUCACGUUGGUGAAUCGUGCGUCGCUGAUCGGACGCUUGGCACGGAGUACUUCGAAGAGAUGCUUUACGAUCUCCGACAAAGUUUCGGCCAAUUGCACCGCGGUCAUUGACUCACACCGAAAGCGAUAGUAACUGAAUGCGUCAGUUUAUCAGAUAUCUUCUGAUAAAUGCUGUCCAAAUGAAUUUGACAUUUUCAUAUUGCAAAUGAGUGGACUCGACAAAUUCUAGACAUUUUCUUCUUUCCGUAGACAAUAAUUCAUCAAAAUCUGCAAUAUUUCAUUUCAAAAGAAGCUGUUGAAGUAAUAUGUAGAAUCUUUGUCAUUCAAACCUUGUCAUAUAAAAUGUAUUUGGUUACGGAUGUAUUAUCGAGCAAUUACAAUGAUGUUUAUUCGAAAGCAUCGAGGACACUUGUAUCACAAACGUCCAUCAUUUGAACAGACAUUUGUCCAUCAUUAUUCGCAAUGGAUUUGUUACGUUCGACGCACGACCUCUUAAAUGAAAGUUCAACAUAGAUCUUCGGGAAGCUCCGGUGAGAUGCUCGCUCUGCAUUCUGCGUUUUCACGGUGAAAUGUUCAGCGAUUGCAAAUGAUAAGAAGAACGUACGCGAAAAAUCGAAGUUCGUGGCAUUAUCUGUGUUACCUAAAGUCCCAGUUUCCACUCGGUAAGGCGAAACACAAAUCGUUCUUUGCAUAAUCGAGUCAGACCUGGCGCAACAUGCUAGGUGAUCGUUUCCUACCGAAUAACCGUUAAGGAUGAACCGCAGAAAUUAUAGAGGGACGUAUGAAUCGAUUUAAUGAGAUGUAUAUCGAGGAUAAUAACGCAUCCCGCAUUAUAUAUAUAUAUAUAUAAUAUAUAUAUAUAUAUAUAUCGGCGCAUCAUUGUAAAAAGGCGUAGUGCAAUAGCGUGUGUAGCGUUUUAUUUCGUAUGUCGCGGCGCUUCUUAAAACGACCGGUGGAAGUAAAUUAUUGACCGAUUUCUUUUUUGUAACUUGAACUUUCGCUACAGCAAGUCCAAUUCAUCGACAUAGUUACUCGACAAAUGCAUUCUUUUGGAGGUAACGACACUCGCGAGGAAAUCGGUAGCCUAUUCGCGAUAUUUGACAGUUGCUUAAUUAUAAAUUAAUUCACGAUCAAUUGCCGGUUCAUCUUCGUGAUUUUAACGUAACGUUAACGAUGUUCACGUAGCAUCACCUCGCAUGCGUAAAAUUACUUUCUGAUUUCUACGGAUAACCGGAGAAAUUAAACAAUAAUGUACUUCCACUCGCCGGGCGAUUCUUUUGCAAGCAAAGUUCGUCGUGCGAAUGAGUUGGCCGCGCUCCCUCCGAUUCCGCCGUUUCACUUUCGUUGCUCGGAUUCGUUCGGUUAGACGAAUAGUCGGCCGUUUCCACCGCACGGUCGAUUAAUAUCGGCAUUGUAAAUACGCGUCCCGAACAAAUAUAUGCGCAGCACUCUGUUAUAUAGCGGGGAGCACUUUUCUUUGGCGGAUUUAACGUAAGGCCGCCCCACACGCUCUCCUCAACUCCCAUUUAGCCGUGAGCGGUCAAGUAGACGUUUGGUGUACAUACAUCGAAGUAGCGCGAUCCGUAUGUUAUUGUGAAUAACUAUAUCGCAUUUUACAGUUUAACAUGCAUUCUCCGUCUCGCGCGAUAAUUUCGAACGAAAAUGCUUUCGACCUGUCGCAUUCUGCACCGUGCGCGAUAAAGGGGGUAAAUGUAUUGGGUGAUAUCUCAUACCGCGAGUCUAUAUAUCGUCUACAUCGUGCAACUUUUUUGCAACUUACACUGGACAAACAAAUGAGGCAGCUCUAGUUUUAUCGCAAAUGGUAAUGGAGCAUUUUACGAAAAAUAUAACCUAAAGUAUGACCAGAAGAAAAUGUCGAUUAAUUAAAGGGAAAAAGGAAGAAGUCUCGGUUUUAAAAGUUUGGGAAAUUAAGUCUCUGUUGAAAGAUAAAGUUGGAUUUUGCGGCAAAAACUGAUGGAAUUUGUGUGUAGGAGGAAGCAAAGAGAGGGCGAGGGGGGAGAGAGAGAGAGAGAGAGAGAGAGAAAGAGUUUCAUCGAUAAAAUUUAAAUUUGUCGAGGUUGGGCAAUUUGCACAAAAAAAAGAAAAAGAAAAAGAGGAGUGAGACCACUAAAGAGCGCAAGAUCGAUUGGUACACUAACUUGACGCUUGCACGACGCGAGGCGGCAUUGUGUGAAAUUUAAUUAACGAUGCGUAAAUCAAUUAGGCGGGCUUAUGCAACACGUUUCAAAGUUGAAAUUAAUGCAUGAUGUAAUUUACAUUUAACGGCGAAAUUGAAACCCGUCGAAUCCGGAUUAUUUCAAUAUGGAUAAACACGCCUAUUUCUACAUCGCGAUGGUCAAUGUACUCGAAAUGCGGAGUUCUCGUAACGCGCGACUAUUUAGCGAAUUUUAACAUGGCGAUAUAAACACACGCACGCACACACACGUACACACGGUAUAUUUUACUAAUCCCUAAAUAUUUUUAAUCGUUACGAGAAAAAGAUGCCGCGUCACUCCACUCUGUUCCUCCGCUAAGAGUAAAGCAGCGAGAAGCCAAGAUGAAUAUAUGUUUAGUUAUAGACUACUGCGAUGAUACACACACACACACAUACAACACACAACCUAUCGUUAAAAAUCGUCUGUAGACUUUAGUAAGUAUUGUAUGUGUCAAGAUGAUAGAUUUAUAACAUGUAAUGAAA